AUGAAAUUCUUCUUUUCCUCACCAGGCCCAUUUUUCGCCGUGAAUCCAACCACCGGCGCCAUCGUCACGUCCCGUCCGUUGGACCGCGAGACCCGCACGGGCUUCCUUCUCACCGUCACGGCGAGUGACAGCGGGACGCCGUCAUUGUCGGACGCCACGGACGUCGAGAUCCUCGUCGCCGACGUCAACGACAACGCACCGAAAUUCCUGCAAGCUGCUGCGUACUCGGCAGAGGUGUCUGAAUCGGCAGAACCCGGGAAAAGCGUGGUUCGCGUGAGUGCAGUGGACGUGGACGAGGAGUUGAAUGGACAAGUGGUUUACGAGCUGAGGCCGUUGGAAGGAGAGGACGUUUCCGACGGCGUGGACGCUUUUGACAUUGAUCCCGUGUCGGGUGUGGUGAGGACAGCCAAGACGUUGGACCGGGAAAGCGUCGCUACUUACAGAUUCUACGCCGUUGCUGUUGAUCGUGGGUCUCCGCCGAUGUCGUCCAGUGCCUCAGUGGUGGUCAAAAUUUUGGAUGAGAACGAUUCUCCACCGGUUUUCGAGUCUGAGCGAGUGGAGCUUCGUAUCAAGGAGAACUCGAGGAUCGGCUCAGCCGUCGGAACAGUCGUGGCCCGAGACCCAGACAUUGGCGAAAACGGCCGGGUUCAGUAUUCGAUCGUCGGUGGGCCCGACGCCGACCUGUUCUCUCUCGACAUCGAAACCCGUGGCGGUCUCGGCAGCAGCGACUCGACACCCAGUGACGACAUCAGUGCGUAUGACGCCCCCACCAAGGAACCAUUCACUGUUGCCGUGUUGCGAACCCGGAUUGACCUGGACUACGAGUCCAAAAAGAAGGAGUACAAUGUGAUUAUUCGGGCCUCGUCGCCGCCGUUGCGAAAUGACGUGGCCGUCCGCAUUCUCGUUGAAGACGUGAAUGACAAUGCGCCGAAAUUGGCGGAUUUCCGGGUCAUGUUCAACAACUAUGACGACUAUUUCCCGACUGGGCCGAUCGGCCGAGUGCCUGCUUCUGAUGCCGACGUGACCGACAUUCUGCGGUACGAGUUUGUGAGCGGAAACAAAGCUGGGCUCCUCGUUUUGAAUUCUACUAAUGGGGAGAUCACAUUGUCCCCGGCGCUGAACACGAAUGUUCCGAUCGAUGCGGAAAUGCGUGUUUCCGUCACUGACGGUUUGAAUACGGUGGAAGCGGGAUUGCUGCUGACGGUGCGACUCGUGACACCGGAAAUGCUGUACAACUCGGUCACGUUGCGGCUCGAGGAUGUGACGGCCGACGCGUUUCUUGACCCUGUCGUGUACGACAAUUUCGUGCGCGGACUGGCCGCCAUCAUUCCGUGCCCGGUUGACAACGUGUACUUAUUUAACGUCCAGGAGGAUUUCGACGGGGAUUCUCGUGUGCUGAACAUCAGCUUCACAGCCAGAAAAGGGCAGACGAACGGAGAAGAGGACCUGUUUUCACAGCAAUUUUUGCAGGACAAAGUUUAUCUUAAUCGGAAUCUUUUGGGGAAAAUAUCCGGGUUCCAGGUUAUGCCUUUUUCGGAUGAUCUCUGCGCCCAGGAGCCCUGCUUGAAUUUCCAGCGUUGUUUCGUAGUUUUGAAGUUUGCGAACGCCGCUGGAUUCAUUUCGUCUGAGUCCAUGCUUUUCAGGCCAAUUUAUCCUGUGUCGUCUCACGCUUGUCGUUGUCCCGCUGGUUUCACUGGCAUGAGAGAACAUUAUGAAUGCAACACGGAACUGAACCUGUGCUACUCAAAUCCAUGUGGACGUUCCGGAACGUGUUUGCAGACUGAAGGCGGCUACGUUUGCGCUUGUCCACCUGGAACAACUGGUAAGAACUGCGAAAUCAACAUGGACGCCGGGGACGAAUGUCCAGCCCCUCGAAAAAGUCUGUUACUUCACGAAAAGCCGGAGGAACCCUUGUGUCGUGGGGAUUCGUAUUGCGAAGUGAUGCCUUCACCUCUGCGAGGUGGAAAUGGGGGAAGAGCUCGGCACGUGACACCAGCACCUUCGACUGGACGUGGAUUGAUUUGUGCCAAUUGCACUCAUUCGCCGUUUUACUCUCGGUUCUGCCACUUGACUGCGAGGUCGUUCUCCUUGGGCUCGUAUCUCACGUUUCCUGGUCUCGAUGAUCGAUUCCGACUGAAUCUCAAGUUGAAGUUUGCAACGAGGAAUCCCAACGGUCUCAUACUGUUCAACGGAAGAUACGACGGAAGAGGAGAUUUUGUUGCGCUUGAAGUUGUUGAUGGAAGUGUGAGGUUUACUUUUUCGCUUGGUGACCCGAGACGAGUUGGAACGGUAAUCGUUGGAGCUGGAUCCGAUUCCGGAAGUGUUGACGAUGGACAGUGGCACUCCAUUGAAGUGUCCUAUUACAAUAAGACGGCGAAGCUGAUCCUAGAUGACUGCGACUCGUUUUUGGCACUGAAAUACGCCUCUUCGCCGACGUCACUUGCCUCAAUGUUUGACACCGUAACCGGAGACAAGUUUGUUCUUCCUUCUGGACCAAGUCGAUAUCGUUGCGCCAAUCAAACUUCUUACGUUCUUGAUGAUAUGUGUUCGUCGCAGACAGAGUUGUGUUAUCGGUUUUUGGAUUUGACUGGGCCAAUGCAAUUGGGUGGUCUGCCGGAAGAACUUUUGGAAGUCAAUGGUGGUCCUGGAGCUCCUGUGCAAUUUUACAACUUCUCUGGGUGUAUUUCUGACUUGCAGAUCGAUCACCAGCUUGUGGAUUUGAAUGAUUUCGUUUACAAUAACGGAACGAAGAGCGGAUGCGAACCAAAAAUGAACUACUGCUCAUCAAACCCAUGUCAAAGGAACGCGCCGUGUACGGAAGGUUGGGGGACUUACAUUUGCAAUUGUCCUCCAGGUUGGGGUGGAAAAGACUGCAGCUCGGAAGUGGCAAUGCCGAAGCAGUUCUUGAGAGAGGACAGUGUGAUGAUUCUGAAGCCUGCGGGAAAUUUGAGACCGAUUCAGCUCCCGUGGCAUUUGGGACUUACAUUUCGCAGCAGAAACGCCCACGGAACCUUGAUGUCUGUCGCAAUUGGCGGGAGGAAAAAGGCCGUCCUUCAGUUACGGGGUGGACGACUGGAGUUCCGUUACGAUGAUGGCCGAGUGGAAUUGACUGGUGGUGGUGUGGCUGAUGGAUCUUGGCACCAAGCAGAAGUAACUUGGAUGGCUGGUGGGAAAAUCUGGGUCAGCUUGGAUUACGGAGCCCGAGAAGCAACUGGUGGUCCAAUCCGAGGUGACAUCUCGGGGCUUUUAGUCGAGAGUGUUGCCCUUGGCGGCCCAGCAAUUGGCGUUGAAAAUAACGAAGUGACACCUCGUGGAGUCGAUUUCGGCCUGACUGGCUUUAAGUACUUCGUUGGCUGUGUGAAGGAUGUGAGAGUGGGUGGGGAUUCUAUGAGUUUGGACGACCCACUGAUUCCGUCCAUGUCUGUGAUUGACGGCUGCGGGGCGACGGAUUCCUGCGUGGAAAAUGCGUGUCCCGAACACAGCACUUGUGUCGAUCGAUGGAAUGCGCACUCCUGUCCGUGUGGAAGAGGAUAUGUUGGUCCGAAUUGCUUCAACAUUUGUGACCUGAACCCGUGUGCGAAUGGUGGAGUUUGCGUCUUGGACCCAAAAGAGAAGGAAGGGUAUUCAUGUCAGUGCUCUUCACCGCUGCAUUCUGGCCGUUAUUGUGAGCAGGUAUGGAUACAACCUUGUCCCACGCAUUGGUGGGGUUAUCCGGUCUGUGGACCGUGUUCGUGUCCCGUUGAAAAGGGCUAUGACGCCGAGUGCGAUAAGGAUACUGGAGCUUGUCAGUGCGAGAAAAAUCACUAUCGGCCCAACGGAUCAGAUGUUUGUCUUCCUUGCGAAUGCUAUUCAACCGGUUCAUUCGGAGGAGCGUGUGAAGCCGGCUCUGGUCAGUGUCGGUGUCGUGACGGGGUCAUUGGUCGCCGUUGUGACUCGUGUGCGAACCCAAGAGCUGAAGUCACCACUGAAGGAUGCGAUGUGAUCUACACUGGAUGUCCGAAAAGUUUUGCAGCUGGGCUUUGGUGGGACAGGACGGUGUUCGGAAAAUCUGCCGUAGCCACGUGUCCUCGUGGAUCGCAAGGACUCGCCUCAAGAUUUUGCGAUGUUAAAAUUGGUUGGAUACCUGCGGACACUUUCAACUGUACCUCAGAUCCGUUCGUCGACUUGGCACGCCAGUUGUCUCUGAUCGAACGCGGUGGGCUCCAGCUUAGUUCUUACACAGCUGUGCGAGCGGCGGCUGAUUUGAGAAAGGCGACGAAUUCAACAAGACCUCUACAUGGAUCGGAUGUAUUAAUUUCUGCACAAUUGUUGGGUGCGUUGUUGCAUUUCGAAAUGGUGCGGAAUUUGAAUCUGACUCAUCGAAAGGACAAGGAUUACAUCAAAAAUCUUGUCGAAUCCAUGGAUGUCAUUGUCGGUCCUGAAUAUGAAGAACAUUGGAGUCGUGUGAGAGAUUUGACUGGAUCUGGACUCGAGGUUCUCAUUGCCCUUGUAUCGGAAUACGGGAGAGCUCUGGCGAUUUCUCUGGCUGACGUUUACACGAGACCGUUUGAAAUCGUGACGAACAAUAUGGUUUUCGGUCUGGAUGUACUGGACGUUGAUGAACUUGUUGAUGCAGUCAGUGUUCGUGGUUCUCCACCUCCACCACGAUACGUUGCCGAAUUGACAGAAACUGGGGGCGAAUUUUUGUUGCCGAAGUACGACAACUUCGUUCGGGUCUCCUCGUCGCGAGGACAAAGUCAUGAUGAAGAGACGGAUUCCUGGUUUAGGAACUCGCAUUUCAAGCUAAAAUUAGACUGGGGUGCGAGCGAAGGCAACCGGCUUUCAAAACGUCGCGCUCGUCGUCGGCAAGCAGUGGUUUUCAGUUACGCCUUUUUCCACCCGUCGAUCGGAGCCAUUAUGCCGGCGGCGUACUCGAGAACCAUCAAACGCCGAUGGGGCUUGGGUCUACAAGUCGGCUCUCCUCUUGCCAUGUACCACGUUCACUACCCAGAUGGCGGCGGAGGAAAUGAUGCUUCUCUAGACGAUGGAUCUCGGCGACGCGGAACGGAUCUCCGAUUGCAGAUUGAUCGCGAGGCAGCAGGGCGGUUUGCGAGUGGCACCCCGCAGUGUGUGUGGUGGCAGGCGGAUGCACCGAGUGGCGCCGGCGACGUUUUGUCGAGGGUGGAGCGUGACGGGGAUGCGGGGGCCGUCGUUGAAAACGGUGGCGAUGAUGGCAACGAAGAGCUCAGUUCUAGCUCUGUGUCUGACUACAGAGGAAAAUGGUCCAAGGAUGGUUGCAGGACAACGGUUUUUGCAUCUUGGGAAUAUUCUGGCGACGAUUUGUUCGUUGACUGUUCGUGUAGUCAUGCACAUGGACCCAUGGCAGUCUUGGUUGAUCGCGUGGAACCAGAGUACGUGCUUCAAGUUGGAUUUUCGGAGGAGAUGAGCGUUUGGUUUGGAGUUGGAGGCGCUGUUUUGCUGCUGUUCCUCGCUGCAGUUGGACUGUUCAUGGUGGUCAUUUCGGAUGGAAGGUCCGGAUCUUCUGUGUCAAACGCAGCUGCGAUCCAUGCUCAUGUGGCCAUGUGCUGCUUCUUCGCCAUAUUCACUUAUCUGUUGGCAUUGAAGCUUCGAGUGCCCCUUCUCAGGAAUGAGUUCGGAUGCAAGUUUGUUGCUAUGAGCCUUCACUACUUGUGGAUGUCGGUGUUCGCCUGGAUGGUUGUCGAUGCCUUGCACGUUUAUCGGAUGCUAACUGAACUCAGGGAUGUGAACCAUGGUGGAAUGCGAGUCUAUUUGGCGUUGGGUUAUGGAGCACCAGCCGUUGUUACAGCGUUGGCUGUUGGUGUCCGUGCUGAUCAAUUUGGAACCGUCUAUUUCUGCUGGCUGUCGAUGUAUGAAAGCGUCAUCUGGAGUUUGGUUGGGCCUAUUUGCACGAUGAUUGUCGCUACCUUGGUCAUUCUUGUUUUGGCGUUCAGGGCAUCGCUCGAUUUGAAGGGACGCGUCGAUGGAUUCGCUAAUUUGAGAUUGCUGCUGUGGCUCUGCGUGGGUCAAGUGCCCUUGGUGAGUGUGACCUGGGCGCUGUCCCUGCUGGCCGUGGACGCCGCAUCGGCGAACCUGUCUGCCAUGCAUCACGCCCUGUCGGCAUCUGCCUUCGUGACCGCCACUUACCUCUUCAGCGCGUAUUGUGUGGUGAACCGUCGAACACGGCGAGUAAUUGGGUCCAAAUUGUCGGUGGUGUUUCCGUGUUGCUGCUCGAAACUGGCACGCGGGGAAGAGGAUGACGACGAGUUUUCGACGAAUGUCGUCAGGCCAGCUGGAGUCACUCCUGCCAGAGCUGGUAGACGAUCUGGAAGAACCGUCACUAACGCUGCUAGAGUUGGAUACGGCCCGGAUUCAGAAUUCCGUUUGCCAAGAAGAGGCUUUGGUUUCUCAACUUCAUCAACCACCUCUAGAUCGACGUGCAAGACGAGUAGUAGCCCGUACAGGAGCGAUAUUCAAUUGAGGAAUCCGUCGACAAGCUCAGUGACGGAGUCGCAUGUGUGCAAAAGUGCAUACGACUGCGACUCAUCUUGUUGCGAAACUGCUGGACGAGAUAAAAUGAGAAAAGGCUGGUCGAAGAGUGUGAGGACGAGUGAAUCGGAUGAUGAAACAUGGGACGAAGACGGCGGAGGAAACCGGUCCCGUGGACAAGCGGGUGACGAAACUCAGACUGACGACUGUAGCAGUGUUGGUCCCCGUCACCGUAGAAACCAACAUCAUCAUCAACUUCAUCAUGCGGCGUCACAUAGCGUCGGUUUGGCGUCGAGCCAUUCUAGUGACGAAGACUCCACGGUGGUCAACGGAACCGUGCCUUCCAGUGGCCGCGGAAAGCUCGUUGUGAAAGAAUACAACUCAGUUGGCGUUUACGGUGGGAAUUUGGACGCCCGACUGGGAGUGAAGGAUUACGGAGCGCCGGAUCUGGGCAUCCCUUGCGUUCCCAGGAAGCAACCUGUGCAUCAACAACAGCAAAUGCAUGGAGAUGAAGACGAGGAUAAUGUGGACGGAGGCGUCGGUGGGUUGCGUGUUGUGGACGGCGAUUCGCGGAGAUACGACGAAGACGACGAUCCGAUGGGAGGUUACUCCGUUCCCAAAAUGAGGCCAGUUUAUUCCACGCACUGGACGAGCCAACUUCCGCCGUCUUACGUGACUUAUCAAGGCCCCGGAGACCCGUACAUCGGUCCAUCAGCGACGAUGGGCGGCAGCAUUGGUGUCCCAGUGGCACCCGGGGGACCAGGAUGGUACCCAUCUCCGACGGACCGAUUGUCCACUUCGGACAACGAGUUUGCCGCGGGCAGUGCCCAACAGAGUCCACCUGGCAGGCAAGUGGCGUUCCGUCCGGGAAGCCUGAUGCUGAACCUGUCGCAUGCAGUGGAUGAUGAUGGCGGUGUCGCCGGUGGUGGCGGCUACAGUCCGAGCCCGGCGUCCCCGCCUGUGCCAGCUGUGCCGCCGCCGAUGUCCUCACUGGGCACGACAGCGACGACUGGCACUCUGACGAGGGGUUAUAAUUUGCGAAAUGCUGCCGUCACCGGGGGGUAUCUGAGCGGCGACUCGGUGAAUGACCUGAGUGGGGACGACUCUGCUUAUCCGAGGAUGGCCGGACACCCGAGGGCGCCGUUUGUUCAGGGCUUCCCCCAGAGGCCCGAAGAAUCUCAGAUUGAGAGCGACGACAAUGAGACUCCUGUUUGAUCUCUAAAGAAUGGAAGGAACUGAACGAGAGGGAAAAUGCGUGGCUUCGUAAAAAAGGGAGAAAACUUCCUGUUUCUACUUGAGGCACCUGUCAAAGGUUUGUUUUUAUGUGCGUGUCCGAAAGCUUUUGGAAAAAUUUUUGCGGAAAGGAUCUUCUUGUGGACAACAAAAAAUCGACUCAAAAAAGUGAAGAAUCUGAACGAUGUGUUUCACGUUCAACGAUUAUGUUCUUUGAAAUUCAAGUGGCAAUUCAACUCGGAUUAUUUUUGUUUUGUUCGCUCAAAAAAAAAAAGAAAGAUGAAUCUUAUCAAUUUUGUGUUUGAUGAUGCUGCAUCGCACCACCUGUUUCAUCUGUGAUGCCAAUUUUGCGUUUUUUGGUUGUUGUUGUUGGAAUUUUGUUUCAACGGAUAUUGUCCCUUUUUUUGUUGCUGACGUUCAAAAAUGUCGCCUGUGUUUUCGAGAGUAUUCUAUCUUUUCGUGGCGCGGAAUCAAGGUGUUUUUUUUUGUUUGUUCAGUUUUCGAAAAUGUAUGGUUGUAACGGUGUAUCCAAAGAUAUGCAUUCCAUGGAAGCAUGUCAGCCGCCCUCAGGAAGCGUAAAAUCGAUGUUCGUAUUCAUGGUACUACAUUUGCCCUGUACUGUAUUUAAAAACGCGUCUGGUGCCUUUUUCGAUGUGCACUUGCUUCUGUGGAGAAGAGGGAAAUGUUUGAGCAACUCGUGCCUGUGGCCAAUUUUCUAGCUACUUUUUUUGCUUGUGUGACGUGUAGUGAGCCAAAAAUCUCGUCUUGUCCUUUUUUUUUGUGUGCCGAGAAAAUUUAGCAUUUUGCGCGAGACAUUCCGAAGGCAGCUUUCUCCGGAUUUAUAUUAAAGGAUUUUUAUUGUUAAUAUACUUAUUCGAUUAUGAAA